AUGGCUUCUGUGUCUACUGCUUCUUCUCUUCUCUUCCCUUCUCGAAAUUUCAUUUCUAUUCCAUUAAUUCCACUCCGGAGAAGCUCCGUGUCUUAUAUACGCUCUUGUUCGAGGAAUCCUUCUGCAUCCAUCACCAACGAGGAAGACAUUCUCCGUUUCGUGGCGAAUUCCGACGGAAAGGCACUUCCAUGCGUGCGGACGUACGAGAACGAUUCAGCUCGGCUCAGCCUCGUCGGUACAGUAUCGUUUGAUCAGGCUCUGACCGCGGCUGCUGCCGACGGUGGUGAAGCCGCCGAUGAACACAUCCGUGAAAACUUCCCUGUCAUGGCGGUCGAGACUGUUUUCCCUGGAGGCUCCGAUCCUAAGGCUACUGUAUCAACCAGAUUGUUCUUGCCUACGAAGAAAGUUAAAGAGCGAGCUAGAAGGCUCCGGAAGUCUCUCUCGGAGGAUCUUUCCACCGGAGAUUUGUCCAAGAACAUACUUGCGAUGACAUUUAGGCAAGUUGUUCUGCGGCAGCUCUCGAAUUUUCAGCUGGUGUUAUUUGGACCUGGAGCUGAAAGAGAAAUGGGAGAUCUUGAAAAGCCUCGAGAGGAUUCUACAUCGUUCACUCUUAGCUCAUCCGAUGAACGGGUUAUAUCUGUUAUUGCAGAAGUUCUAUGCAUCUCCGCUCUUCAAAGCACUGAGAAGCGUUUCCUUGAUGAUUAUCUCGGAAAAGCCAAGUUUCCCUUUUUCAAGUGGUUAAAGAGACGCAAGAGGAUUGCUUCAAGGGACUGCUCGGUUGUCCUGCAUAAGGUGUUUGAUGAUGAGCUAAACGAGAAUAGCCGCAGCCAGUUGCUUGAGUAUUUCCAAUCAAGGAAGGAAAAGUUUGAAAUUGCAGACACCAGGAGGCGAAGAAGUCGGUGGUGGAACUUGUCUGCCGAUUCUGAGUUGGAAAAAAUUGGUGGACCUGGGUUUAGUAACUGGGCAAGUGAGUAUCUACCUGCAUAUCGACUAGAAAUUGAUACUGCAAUACUUGGGGACCUGAAGCUUGAAGGCUGGAGAAAGUCCAGCGAGAAUAAGUGGGAGGUUCUUUUAACACACUCCCAAAUGGUUGGAUUGGCUGAAGCAUUGGAUAUUUACUUUGAAGAUAUAUAUUCCCUGCCCAAGAAACAGCUACCAUGUGAUGUUUCCGGAAAUUAUGCAAACUUACCCAACGAAAAGAGAGGAUUGUCUUUGUUGAAAAUGAUAUCUGUCACCAUGGCCAGUGGAAUCCUUCUUCUUGCUGUGAGUGCUGCGGCUCAAUUCUGUAUUCCUCAGAAAGCUGAGAGAAAGUAUCCUGGAAAACACCAAGAGAGUUUAUGGGCAGAGACUGAAUUGUUAUCUCAUCAAUCUUCUGAUUCCUCUAAGUUGGAUUCAUUCUGCGGAUUAGUCGUCAACAAGCUAAAGGAUGCGUACAGUUGGGAAGGAGAGUUAACUGUAGAAAGCAGCUUAGGUGCUUGGAUUGGGGAAGUACCUGAUUACUUGAAAGAAACCAGCAGAGCUAAAUCCGCUGAAGAUCACAUGGUUACAAGCUCUUCUCUUCUUGAGAAGCUCAAUGAAGACGCCAAGGCAUCUGCGCAAGAUAUCGCUACUUACCAGGUAGUGUUAUCAUCUGAAGGUAAAAUCAUAGGGUUCCAACCCACGAGCGGGGUGGCUGUGAACCACUGGGCUGCUAAUCCUUUCGCUAAAGAACUUUAUGGACGAAAAAAACUCUCGCCUGGGCUAAUUGAGCCUGGUCUCAAGAGUCGGCCUCCAACAAAAGUAGUUGUGUUGGAGUUGUUAAUGUCUGUGAAUUCAGAUCGUCCUUUUGCAUUGGUGAGACCAUUAUUGCCACAAUAA